UUACCAGAUGCUGGCGCGUCAAAUUGCGAGCUAAACCAAAUCUCGGGCGAACCCUUCAAUUAAAACCUCGAACUUUAAUUUCUCUCGUAUAAAAAAAAAAUCGAACCCCCCUUUUCUCUAUUGCUUUCCAUGGCGAACUCGGUGGCUGAUUCACGUAGCAACAGGGCAGCGGUUCAAGCCACCAACGACGAUGCUUCAGCCAGUAAACUGUCAUGCGUUAAAAAGGGAUACAUGAAAGAUGACUACAUCCAUUUGUUUGUUAGAAGACCUGUGAGGAGAUCUCCUAUUAUUAACCGUGGUUAUUUUGCACGUUGGGCUGCUUUCAGGAAGCUUCUAUAUCAGUUUCUUGAUUGUGAGGGAUCUAAUAGUGAAAAGGGUAAAACAAGGAGGCAGAUACUAUCACUUGGUGCUGGAUUUGAUACCACCUAUUUUCAGUUGCAGGAUGAGGGAAAAGCACCGUAUCUAUACGUGGAACUGGAUUUUAAAGAGGUAACCAGCAAAAAGGCUUCCCUUAUUGAAUCCUACAGUCAGUUGAGGGACAAAAUUGGUGCAACAGCAUCAAUCUCGCGAGAGAAUGGAGAAGUGCUCAGUGAUCACUACAAGCUACUUGCAGUUGAUUUGCGUGACAUUCAGAAGUUGGAUGAUGUCAUAUCAUUGGCAAAUAUGGAUCCCAGUCUGCCAACAUUUAUUAUUGCAGAAUGCGUUUUAAUAUACCUGGAUCCAGAUUCAAGCCGUUCUAUUGUUGGUUGGGCAUCAAAGACGUUUUCAACAGCAAUAUUUUUCCUAUAUGAGCAGAUUCAUCCAGAUGACGCUUUUGGGCAGCAAAUGAUAAGAAAUUUGGAGCAGCAGAUGCUCAUCAUACAUAAUAAGGGUUUCAAUGAAGCGAGCUUAGUAAUUAGUCAAGUUGCAAUAAAUGAGGGAAUGCAGAUGAAUGUGUUAUCAUUCUUAAGUGCUGUUAAUGCCAGAAAUAGUCGAGGCUGUGCACUUUUGGGUAUUGAUGCUACACCAACUUUGCAAGCAAAGGAAAAACUAUUUCUUGAUCAGGGAUGGCAGAAAGCCGUUGCCUGGGACAUGCUGAGAGUUUACAGUAAAUUUGUCGACGCCAAUGAAAGACGAAGAAUCGAGCGGCUGGAAUUGUUCGAUGAAUUUGAAGAAUGGCAUAUGAUGCAGGAGCACUAUUGUGUCGCUUAUGGAAUCAAUGAUGCCAUGGGGUUGUAUGGUAAAUUUGGGUUUGAAGAUGACGAGCAACAUGCCUCCAACACCUCUUCACCUGCAUCACCAUCUCCAUGAAAUAUACAAAGCAGCUCCACAUCGUAGAAGUGGAGAAGCACGUGUGACUGACACGUGCCUGUGUAGCAAAGGGUAAGAAAAAAAACUGUUUAAACACUGAAAACAAGUUUCAAAAGGGUCUUAUAUUUUGAUUUGCGGUGCAUGCUUUGUUGAGUAUGCUUAUGUGUAACAUGUUUUUUUUGUGUGACCUAAAAGAAAUGGGCUUUAUUUUUUCUGCUUGCUAUUUUGGCAAAUAAAGAACUGGUAGGUCUCAACUGUCCAAAAAAUCGUUAUGAGUAAUUUUAUAUGUUUGUAUUUGAAUUA